UUUUACAGAAACUAUUUGUUUACACUAAUAUCAUCUAAUGUAAAUAGCACGCUUUAUUACUGGAAAAACAUUGCACAAUGAAGUUCCUAAUUUUGAUUAGUGUGUUAGUUGCGAUUCUAUUACAGUGUAUAGCGAAUAGCAAAGGGUCAGAUUAUUCAUGUUUUUCUGGAUACCAUCACUGUAGUGGAACAAUAUGGUGUUGCCAAGAUGGAUAUGUAUGUACAGGGACCGCAACCUGUCUCAGUAUCGGAGCCAUUGUUGGUAUAGCAAUAGGUUGCUUGGUUAGUUUUGGAAUUUUUGUUGCUGUGAUUUGUGUGUGUUGCUGCAGAGGGCGCAGAGCAAACACUAGUGGAACAGUGCUGCAGCCACAGGGUGCUUCAGUUGGACAACAAGGGUACCCACAAACAGUUUAUCCACAGGCCAAUUACAAUCCACCCCCUAAAUAAUAAUUAUGACAAAGGAGGCUACUGCAUUAUUGAAUUAGUCUAAAUGCUACAUCCAUACCACAAACACAUAUAUUUAUAUAGUUUUAUAGUUUUAUACAUUGUACACCACCACCAUAUAUGCCAUUAAACAUUUAUAUCGACUGA